UGAUGUUUUGCAGCAGUUUUCUACGUCUGAAAUUUUUUAUGUCUCUGGAACCCAGAAUUUAUUGAGAUGGAGGAACCUCCGAAAAACUAUCUGAACACAAUGGACCUUGAGAAAGACGAACCUCUCAAAAGCACCGGCCCUCAGAUUUCUGUUAGUGAAUUUUCUUGCCACUGCUGCUAUGACAUCCUGGUUAACCCCACCACCUUGAACUGUGGGCACAGCUUCUGCCGUCACUGCCUUGCUUUGUGGUGGACAUCUUCAAAGAAAACAGAAUGUCCAGAAUGCAGAGAAAAAUGGGAAGGUUUCCCGAAAGUCAAUAUUCUCCUCAGAGUACUAGAAAGUUCCAUAAGGCCGGGUGCAGUGGCUCACGCCUGUAAUCCCAGCACUUUGGGAGGCCGAGACAAGCGGAUCACAAGGGAUGCCAUUGAAAAGUUAUUUCCCGAUGCCAUUAGAAUGAGAUUUGAAGACAUUCAGCAGAAUAAUGAUAUAGUUCAAAGCCUUGCAGCCUUUCAGAAAUAUGGGAAUGAUCAGAUUCCUUUAGCUCCUAACACAGGCCGGGCGAAUCAGCAGAGGGGAGGGGGAUUCUUUUCCGGUGUGCUCACAGCUUUAACUGGAGUGGCAGUGGUCCUGCUUGUCUAUCACUGGAGCAGCAGGGAAUCUGAACACGACCUCCUGGUCCACAAGGCUGUGGCCAAAUGGACGGCGGAAGAAGUUGUCCUCUGGCUGGAGCAGCUGGGCCCUUGGGCCUCUCUUUACAGGGAAAGGUUUUUAUCUGAACAAGUAAAUGGAAGGUUGCUUUUAACUUUGACAGAGGAAGAAUUUUCCAAGACGCCAUACACCAUAGAAAACAGCAGCCACAGGAGAGCCAUCCUCAUGGAGCUAGAACGUGUCAAAGCAUUAGGCAUGAAGCCCCCCCAGAAUCUCUGGGAAUAUAAGGCUGUGAACCCAGGCAGGUCUCUGUUCUUGCUGUAUGCCCUCAAGAGCUCCCCCAGGCUGGGUCUGCUCUACCUGUACCUGUUUGACUACACUGACACCUUCCUACCCUUCAUCCACACCAUCUGUCCUCUGCAGGAAGACAGCUCUGGGGAGGACAUCGUCACCAAGCUUCUGGAUCUUAAGGAGCCUACGUGGAAGCAGUGGAGAGAGUUCCUGGUCAAAUACUCCUUCCUUCCAUACCAGCUGAUUGCCGAGUUUGCUUGGGACUGGCUGGAGGUCCAUUACUGGACAUCACGGUUUCUCAUCAUCAAUGCUAUGUUACUCUCAGUUCUGGAAUUAUUCUCCUUUUGGAGAAUCUGGUCGAGAAGUGAACUGAAGACUGUGCCUCAGAGGAUGUGGAGCCACUUCUGGAAAGUAUCAACGCAGGGGCUUUUUGUGGCCAUGUUCUGGCCCCUCAUCCCUCAGUUUGUUUGCAACUGUUUGUUUUACUGGGCCCUGUACUUUAACCCAAUUAUUAACAUUGAUCUUGUGGUCAAGGAACUCCGGCGGCUGGAAACCCAGGUGUUGUGACUGGCACUGCCCAGGCUGAGACUCUUCAAGACCUGCUGACGUCUGAGCUUUGACACUUAAGAGGGGUGAGGCAGGGAGCAGACUUCCUAUUUUCUACCCCCAGUAAAACAAGGUGCUGCUUUGUAUGUCAAACGCUCCAACCAUGUCCUCUCCCCGUCGGCCUGUGGGUGGUAUCAGCAGGGACUGACAUCCAUGCAGGGAGGAUUGUCUGUUUGGCUGACACAGCAGCAGCCCUUCCCACCCAGCCGCCUUCCUCACAGGGACUAGGAGGCUCAGUCCCCGACGGCUGGCAAGACUCAGGGUUCUCAGUGGAUACAGUGCGGGUGACAUCAUAAGGGCACCACAUCAGUCCCCUCCCCAACCUCAGUGACUGACAGAGGAUCCUAGAUCUCAGAGCCCGAGACCAGGCUUACUGGGGCCUGGCCUGUCCUCUAAGUCAAGUUUAGGAAAACAAGGAUAAGAUUCUGUCAUAGGUAUGGAGAGUUGCACAUAAAAAGUACCGAAGAAAACCCAGAAUUCAAUCAACAAUUCUGUCUUAUUGAAGAGUUGCUAGGAUUCAGAGUAAAACUCCAAGGAUUCAGUUUGAGCCUAGAAUGAUGGUUAGACUUGUAGUCACUGGACUUGUUAUUGUUUUGCUUUAUGGAAAUCAUUGAAGGUCUGGAUUCCUUUCUCUGAAUGGAGAGAUUGAGAGAGAUGUCGGGCAGUUCCCAUUAGAUUGAGUGGCCUCCAUGUUAUUUAAAAUUGUUUUGGCAAUGCCUCACCCCUGUAAUCCCAGCACUUUGGGAGGGUGAGGCAGGCAGAUCACUUGAGGUCAGGAGUUCAAGACCAGUCUGGCCAACAUAGUGAAACCUCGUCUCUACUAAAAAUACAAAAAUUAGCCAAGUGUGAUGGUGUGCACCUGUAAUACCAGCUACUUGGAAUUGGAAAUCGCCUGAACCCGGGAGGUGGAGGUUGCAGGGAGGGAGACUGCACCACUGCACUCCCGCCUGGGUGACAGAGGGAGAUUCUGUCAAAAAAAAAAAAAAAUUCAUCUAUAAAAUAAAUUCCAGGAUAGUCCUUUUGUUCAAGGAAAUAUUUUAUAAAUUGACCUCACACUGUAUAAUCUUUAUUGUCCUAUCCUGAUGUAUAACACAGCAGGUAUAAUUACACCAAGUGCUAUAAUUGUAAAUAUGGAAUGAGGUGAACUAUGGCCUUUUAUUUCCUUCCAAUGUGAACACAGCAGGUGUGAGAUGUCAUCUCGGAAGACUGGCCUUGCAGAAAUAGGCCUACAUCCGAAAUAUUCUCUUGUGACUCCAUGAACCAUUAAUUAACCCUUUGUAUCUUUGAGUGAAGAUUUUACUCAAACGUUGCAUCUGGAAGUUUGAAGAAAUUACUUGAAAUAAAAAUAAAGAUUUUUAUACAGAUAAAACCUA